UCCUCUCCCAAAUGGCCAAGGUUCAUCCCCUCAUAAUACCCAGUACUACUGAUGAGGCUUCUUCAGCUACUGGUUUUGCUUCUUGUUCUAAUAAUAAAUAUAUAACUUCAAAGCGAGAAACAUUCACUAUAUGGAUGAAAUCGCUUGUGAUGCAAGGAAGCGGAUGCACUGCGUUUGAUGAGAAUGGAGAGAUUGUGUAUCGAAUCGAUAACUACGACAACAAGCACAGCAGCGAAGUUUAUCUCAUGGAUCUCCGAGGAAAGCUUCUCUUCACCCUGUGUGAGAUGAAAAUAUGUGUUUUUCCAAGUUGGAAGGGCUACAAAAGCAGUGGUGUCAAUAACAAUAAGCCAUGGUUUCAAGUGAGAAGAAGUUGCAGAUCAAUUUUUGAGAAGAAAGGGUUUUCCUAUAAAGUAACCAUGAGAUCUGAUAGCAGCUGUUACAGGUUAGAGAGUUUGAGUGGUAAAUCAUCAGAAUUUAGAGUCACAGACAGCAAUGGAGGAGUUGUAGCAGAGGCAAAGAGAAAGCAGUCAAGUUCAGGGGUCGUUUUGGGAGAUGAUGUGUUCACUUUGGUGGUGGAGCCUCAUGUUGACCACUCCUUUAUCAUGGCUCUUGUCACUAUUUAUGGCUUAAUUAGACAUCAAAUAUGACUCAGAGUUAGCUGUAUCAAAUAUACAUAUCCAUGCUUGUAGCAAAUAGUGGUGUAUAGA